GUAGCCGACUAGAACAUGACGUUGAUGGUGGAAUAUGUUUGAAAAUCGUCGGAUUAUUGUCUUGGAAUAUUCGUGGUCGAUCUAAUGGCGACUCAGCCCGGGUUUCUCUUCCUGCUUGGAACAUGUUUAGCCGUCAUUGAAGGUGAAAUACGCUGUUAUUGUAAUGAGUCAGGGUGUAUCAAUACAGGCUAUAUGUGUAAAUCAAACAUUGGGCAGUGUUACACAGCAGUCAGAUUUGACGGGGAAAGGACUCGAUCCACUCAUGGAUGUGCGGACACCUUGUCCAAUAACCUUGACCUUUGUACCAAAGGUCAGAAACUGGUGAAAUCAACAGACGAAUCUCAGGUGCCGUUUUUAAUGUGUUGCCAUGACGACAUGUGUAAUUAUAUAGACAAUAUAGAUAUUAAUAUUAUUCUAAAUACCAACUCGAACGACAGUGCCCAAAAAGGUGAAACUCAAAUUAACGACAGACCACUUAAACAUGAUGUCUUCUACGCAAGAAAUGAGGACGCCAAAGAACCAGAACGCGAUUUGUGGUUUAAAGCAGCCGUCAUCGCCGUUCCAAUCGCUGGUGGAUUCAUCCUCGUCUUAUUAGUGCUUUUAGCUGUGCGCAUGCUCAGAACAGACACCAGACGACAUAGUCGUUUGAUUCAAAUCAGACGCGAACACAGUCUGAAAAAAGCUCAACUUUACGUCACCGAUCAUUUUAGUGACAAAGCCGGAAAACAUUGCUCAUUAUUUUCAGAUCGGCAUAAGACAAAAACUGAUUCGCAUGGCCGAAUUUACAAACCUAUACCCGAAACCAAAAAUAUAGUGACUCCUAGUACACAGAUAGUGACUCCUCAAUCAACGGUAGUGACUCAAAACCCCUCCAUAGUGACACUGACUGGAAUACCCCCUAAACACGAUCUUGCUACUGUUGUUUGAGUUUUACAUCAUCAAUAUAUGUGUAAGUGAUGUAUUUGAUAUUUGUUCGAAGAUUUCGUUUUGUGAGUGUGAUGUAACCCGUGUGACGGUUAUGAUUUACGCGAUGAAAAAUGUGAUACUUAAAAGACGCGUCUUAAUGUGUUGAACUUUUUAUUUUGAAUGAUUGCGUGAGCCUUAUGUAAAUACACCGAGUGCGCAUGCUUGCCGGAAGACAAAUGUUAUUUUUCGGUGACAAGUUAAAUAUCACUCAGAAAAAAAACAACAAAAAAACACACAAUCUAUUUUAUAAAACUUCGUGAAAUAUUUUAUUAUGCUUUAGCAAACAUUGUGUUCACGUCACCAAUUUAUGUGCUCAUUUAUGUUAAUCAGUGUGAUAAACGUCAUUGAAAGUUGUGUAUCCAACCACGUGAUGUUAUGAAUAUAAGGGACUUUCGACACAUUUUUUGUCAAGAAUCCGAAAGGGUAUAUAUUUCUAUGAAAAGCAUACCUAUCUAUUCAUGGUUGGCCGGGUAAAAGAACAGAUACCACCAACAUGCUAUAUGAAAUGAAGGGGAGAUUUACGUCAUUUCUUUUCCUAAGUGGUGAUAAAGCUAAAUGAAUAUUGUGCCGAAAGUCUCUGUUAUAUCUAAAAGUUGCUUUAUUUAUUAUUGUCCAAAAAUUUAAAUCUCAAAGAUUAAAAAUUUAUUAUUUUCAACUUUUGUUUUUCUUGGAAUCUCGAGAUUUGACCAUUUUCAGGGCCGUAUUCUGUGUAUUCUUUAAAUUUGCAGAAAUGAAAUUAAUUAAAUGG